CACUCUUCCAAGACAAAACCACUCUUUGGUUUGUCCAUCAUGGCUGCGCCGUAGUUCAAUGUGAAAGUAAGCGAUCAUGCUGCCAUGAAGUAACCUUGCGUUUCGCAUAGAGUCACCGAAGUAUGUUGGAAUUUCAGCGAUAGCUCGGCCAGAUAAGUUUAUUUCAUAAAUGGCUUUCCGUGUGAGCAUCUCGAUUUUCGGGAAAUCUUUACGUGUUCCGAGAGUUGCUAACGUGUCUGCGCCACUGGAAAAUGCGUCACCGUUUCUCAGAACGGGAUGGGCUGCCGGUCGUCCAGGGACCAAUAAUGGACACGGUUUUUGCUUCACUCCUGCCUGUUUUAUUACAUCGGAUGCGUUUUUGAGCAGACUGGCGAAAGGCAAAGCGGCGGAGACAGAUGACACUCUUUAUCACUAUCCAGCCUCAGUUCUGCCCGACAGCGCUGAACAAUUAUCAUUGCUGGUGAAGGAUCCAGAUCAACCAGAGAACUCAAAGGUUUUAAGAGUGGCCAUCAUUGGUGCCCCAAAUGCUGGGAAGUCCACACUGUCCAACCAACUGCUUGGCAGAAAGGUGUUUGCUGUUUCCAAGAAAGUGCACACUACACGGUCCCGUGCCCUUGGCGUUCUCACAGAAGACGACACACAAAUUAUUUUACUGGACACUCCUGGACUCACUACACCUACAAAAGUCAAGAGGCACCAGCUGGAGAAGUCUCUCCUCGAGGAUCCUUGGAAUACAGUCAAGGAAGCUGGUCUUGUGGUGGUAAUGGUAGAUGUGUCAGACAAGUGGACCUGCAACAAGCUAGACUUUGAGGUCCUGAAAUGCCUGACCCAACACCCAGAUAUCCCAGCAGUCCUAGUUCUCAAUAAGGUUGACCUGCUGAAGAGCAAGAGCAGGUUGUUGGAGAUCACAGCAGAUCUGACAUGUGGAGUGGUGAACGGCCGGAAGCUGCAGGUCCGCAGGGUGAUCAAGCCCCCCUGGGCUGAGAGGAGGACAGACAGGGAGGCUAGGACAUCAGGGUCUGGAGAUGAGGACAAGCCGGGUGGGGAUGUGGCUCAUGGUGAGGGCAGUGAGGCCCAGUCAGGGCUGAGUAAGGAGCAGCUUAGGGCUCUGAAGACCCAACAGGGCUGGGCUCACUUCAAGGAUGUCUUCAUGGUCUCUGCUGUGGAUGGAGAGGAUGUGGAGACACUGAAGAGAUACCUAGUAGUGGGGGCAAAGCCUGGGACUUGGCAAUACCACAGUGAUGUCCUGACGGAUCAGACUCCUGAGGAGAUCUGCACCAACACUGUCAGAGAGAAGCUUCUGGAAUAUCUGCCCAAAGAAGUCCCUUACACAAUGACGCAGGCCAUUGACUUGUGGCACGACAGGGAGAAUGGAGAGCUGGAUAUAGCAGUAAAACUGUAUGUGAAGAAAGAAAGUCACAUGAAAAUGGUGAUUGGCCAGGCUGGUCAGAUGGUUGCCAGGAUAGCCAGGGAGGCUGGAGAUGACCUGAGCACAGUGUUCCUCAGAGAGGUCAAGCUGAGGCUCUCUGUGAAGGUGAAGAACUGACCAGGAUUAUGAUAAACUGAGUAUUAUGAUCAUCUGGGGGACAGUUUUAUGGUGUAUUUGUGAAUAGGAAAUGAACACUGUUGGACUCCCUAUUUUCAAGGAAAGAUCUGACUGGUUUCUACUUCUUGACUAUCAAAUCAAAGUUUAUUUGUCAUGUGCGCCGAAUACAUCCUUACAGUGAAAGGCUUACUUACAGGUUAUAACCAAUAGUGCAAAAAAGGUAUUAGGGGAACAAUAGGUAAGUAAAGAAAUAAAAACAACAGUAAAAAGAUAGUGAAAAAUAACAGUAGCGGGGGUAAAAACUGUUGAGAAGCCUUUUUGUCCUUGGUGCUCCGGUACCGCUUGCCAUGUGGUAGUAGAGAGAACAGUCUAUGACUGGGGUGGCUGGGGUCUUUGACAAUUUUUAGGGCCUUCCUCUGACACCGUCUGGUGUAGAGAUCCUGGAUGGCAGGCAGCUUAGCCCCAGUGAUGUACUGGGCCGUACGCACUACCCUCUGUAGUGCCAAGCGGUCGGAGGACGAGCAAUUGCCGUACCAGGCAGUGAUGCAACCAGUCAGGAUGCUCUCGACGUUGCAGCUGUAGAACCUUUUGAGGAUCUCAGGACCCAUGCCAAAUCUUUUUAGUUUCCUGAGGGGGAAUAGGCUUUGUACAGACCUGUAGCUAAAAUAUGCUGCUGAGAGCUUGUAAAGGCUCAUCAUGAGUCAGCUAGUGAGAGAGCUAGCAGAAACAGAGACAGUGCUCCCUCCCCUGGAACUUGUUCCCAGCCUCAUCUACAGUCACUUCUCUCAAGGGUCAGCAUACUGUGUUCUUGCAUAAGCAUUCUUAAGUAAAAUAUGACUUGCAGAUAUUUGUUUUUCCUUUCAGAGCUUCUGUAACAUUUUCUUUUAAUUUCAAUUUUGACCUCUUAAUUAAACAGCUAUAUUUUGA